AUCCUUCCGAGAUCAAAAUUUCAAAUAUUUAAUUCAAAUAACUUCUCAAGAAAUGUGGUGAAAUCUUAUCGUUGCUGUGAACGAUGAGUUUGAUGGGCCCAUCGCCGGUGGUUGUUGCCGCUUCUCAUUCCGAUCAAUCACACAGUCUUCACAACGUUUUCGUCUAUGGAAGCCUCUUAGCCGAUGACGUCGUUCGUGUUCUUCUGAAGCGCAUUCCUCAGUCGUCUUCUGCUGUUCUCCAUGGCUACCAGAGAUUUAGCGUUAGAGGACGUGUUUAUCCAGCUAUUUUGCCUGUUGAGAAUAAGAGAAUUACUGGAAAGGUUCUCUUUGGCAUCACGAAUCCAGAAAUGGAUAUUUUGGAUAUGUUUGAAGAUGUUGAAUAUGAAAAAAACGUUGUUGAGGUUUCCUUGGUGGAUGGUUCGGAGAAACUAGCAGCUCUUACCUAUGUUUGGAGCAGCAGCAGCGAUGCAGACUUCUUGUAUGGAGAGUGGAAUUUCGAGGAAUGGAAACAGUCGCAUAUGGACGACUUUGUACAGAUGACUACUAGAUUUGUAGAAGAGUUGCAAUUGCCUGAGCCAAAGUCAAGAGUGGCAACUUAUGAAUCAUUCUACCAUAAAGGAGUAGGAGCAAUGUUCCUGAAGACAUUGGGCAGGCAAGCUGGACCGCCUGUAGAGGUGUGGAUUGCACUCAUUCAAAGAAAGUCAUCUUCCGGUCCAUAUCUCACAUCUUUGUUUAAAUGCUUUCUUUAAUUUCUGUCUUUAUGGAUUUCUGAACUUUGUCUUUUACUACUUCAUUUGAUUUGUUUCAUGACUUUAUGC